UUGUUUCUGCAAACUGCGUAUUCUAUCCAAGGAUAAACUACUUUGGCGGAAACUUUUCUUCUGCCUUCACUCACAUAUCGCAAUCUCUCCAAUUCACCUCACCGCCUCAGAGUUUAUUGCAGUUUCUCUCCCCUCUACCUUAUGGGUUUAGUGGGAGUUUCUUGCUUGCUUGAUGCGUAGAAGAUGGUGUUAGCAACAUUUCAGCUGCGGGGCUCUUGUAGCAGUUUCCCUUGUGUGCCCUCAGCACGCUGCAGAGGGAGCCAACUAAAAUACCUUUUGCCCUCAGUCCCACGAGUUGGGAGAAAAGAUAGUCUGAGAUCCUUAAGAUGCAGAUCAUGUUCAAGUGGAGGAGCUUUUUUUAUUCUUGGACCAAAGUCCAAAAUAUCUAAAAUAUCAGCUUUCAAAGGUGGCAAUCGACAUGAUGAUCUGAGUGGCAGAGCUAAUGACUCCAAGUCUCUAAAGAAUCCUCUUAAAGUUUCUUAUUUACAACAUGAGAGUGAAGAAUCCUUCGUGGAAUCUUCAAAGGCACAUAAUGUUGUGCCUGCCCCUUAUACAGCAGAAGAUGAGAGAACAACCAGGUCCUUAGCUAUGCAAAAUCUCUUUAAGAACUGGUUGAUGUUACUGCGUACCCCACUAGGAACACAACCAGUGGAAAGAACUCUCGAAGAACCUUCUGAGGGAACCUCAGAAGAGUCAAAGGUCGUGCAAAAUAAUGAAAAACAUGAAGUGUUUAAGGCGGCUUGGUGCUACUUUUUGUGCUUGGAUCCAACAAUAAAGAUACCAUUGUUAAUGUUCACACCACUGUAUCUGGCAGUAAACCUUGUAUAUGGAUCGGAAGUAUCUAAAGAAUUAACUCCCCUGUGGAUUCUUGGACCAUUAGUUGCGGCGCUCUAUGUGAAGAUGCUGCGAGGAAUAUGCAACCUCUACGUGUUCAGCUUCAUGCAAACUGUCAGAAUAGUGAAGAACCUGCCAGCCUACUUCAUGGUGGUACAUGAGUACCUUUUCCGUGGGAAGCUAAAAGAAGCCAUGCAUAAAUAUGUAUGGCAACUUCUCGUUGACAUAAAAAUUAUGGACUACAAGGAGGUGAUCAAGAGGAAUUUGAAGGGUUUCCAAGGGUGGUUGGUGGAGAAAUACCAGGAUUUUGUUGAAUCCAUAUGGCCGUAUUACUGCAGAACAAUCAGGUUUUUGAAGAGGGCCAAUCUAAUAUAGCUCCAACUCCUCUUCAAGAGAUAUGUCCAAAAGGCAUGAGUUUUUUCUCUGUUUCCCGUGGCUUAGCUCCUUACUUUAAGGUGAAAUAUCCAUGGAGGUCCCUCCGUUAAGCCCCUUUUUGAUUUGGGGUUCUCUCAACCGAUUGGAGAGACAUGUAGGGAUGUGAAUGCUUGUAUUGAACAUCAACGUUUCCCUCUGGCGUGGCGCAUUCUUGGUUAGGUUGUUUUGUGGACUGAUACUAAAUUUUUUUCCCUAUAUUAACGCAUAUCUGAUUAUCUGAAUCUGUUCUGAAUGCAUCUGAGUUUUCCUAUCAGCAGUUAUAGAAAGAUCCCAUUAUUCAUGUCGA